AGGUAGCAUUUAGGACUCGCAUAUGGAGUCCUCGUACGUGAUUUUUCACCAAAUUCGCGAGGAAUCGUCCCAAAAUUUAGCUAGAAGAGGUGGCCACGAAUCCCAUUAACCAUGCAUAGUGGUUCUGCAGGGACGAAAAAGCCAGCUUUGUGUCGUUAUUGGGCAGCCAAAAAGACGUGUUUUUACGGGAAUGAUUGUCAGUUUAUGCACGCCGAUCCCAACUCGACCUACAGUAGAUCGCCAGCUGCAGACGGGUUGUCUUCUCUAGGGCACAUUAGUCAGGAUUUGGCAGCAAUGGAUCUUGCAGAUCCCCACAUGGCACCGGACCAUUUCUUCACGGUUCCAUUCGAUAUUGAUAAUGACAACUUUGGUUCAUCAACCAGUAAAUUCCAGCACUUCAUGCAGAGAUCGCACUCAGUUGGCACAGGAUUGUCAAACUACACUGAGCAUGGAGGACGUGGUGAUGAUGAAGGGAGACGAGUAAUGAGGUCCCAUGAGGUACCCAUGAUGUUUGGACCUAUGUCACCACAAGGUGCAAACUCAGAUGCAAGAAUGCCAGGUUUUGGCGGAGUGAAGGUGUCUCCACCGAACGAUGUGGGCAUGCAGUUUUAUCCUGGUGCUCGCAACACCGGCACCAUCAAAGAGUUCACUCCGCGCAACCACAACGCCACCCCCAGCUCCGCGGAGUUUCUGCCCAAUGUUAGGAACAUGGCCGACUUCAAACAGGGUGGUCCCGGUCCGACACAGAACGAUUUGAUCGCCAAGAUACCGGAGUUUGUGCCGAGGUCACAUGCUCCACCAGGCGGUAACGGAAUCAUGAAUGAUAACGGCGGAAUGCGGGGGACUAAUAAUUCAGCGUCGUUGAUGACACACAACUCUGGAGGGAUGCAUGAUCAGUACAAUUCAGGUUCCUUGUCAGCUGGUGCCUCGCCCCUCCACUCACCCGGCAGUUCCCCAUCCAUGAGAAGGAAAGGAGGCCCUCCCCCACCCCUUGAUAUCAGUGCAGCCCAGGGGAACUUUGGCAACUCCCAUGCGACCAUCCAAGAAAACAUUGGAGGCACGACAUACUUCUACACAGAAGACCAAGUGCAGCCAGCAAUGCCAAGAGUGGUAUAUCCCAACUUCCAGAUGUAUCACUCCAUGCCUCCCCACGUUGCCUACAUGAAGCCGAAACCCAACGCUCCUACAUUCUUUGUCAGCGAAGAGCUGAAGAUGGACAUCUACAACAAGCAAGCAGCUUCCAUGGCACAGGUCGACCCUGGAGAGAAUCCUGACAUUCCACGGGAAGUUGACAAGUACCACACUCUCUUCCCCCUGGAGCCCCCGCCCAAGAGCCCGUUGGAGAAAUCCAGUACUUUUGGCUACACCACAACGUGUUACAAGGCCAUCAAUAAGAAGGACAACAAACUCUACUGCCUGAGGAGAAUACAUGGUUUCAGGAUGACUAACACCCAGUGGAUGGUUCUGGUCGACAAGUGGAAAAAGCUUCAGCAUUCCAACAUAGUCAGUCUUCGGGAAGUUUUCAGCACCAAAGCCUUUGGAGAACAUUCCACGGUGUUUGUUCAUGACUUCCACCCUACUGCCCUCACCAUGAUGAACAAACAUUUCAGCGGACCUGGUGCCCAGUCCAAUGGCUUCAAUGGAGGUGGCGGAGGCGGUGGCUUCGGAAAGGGCCAACAGAAUAAGGGCGGAGGGGGCUUUAUCGGUCAACAUCAAGGCCAGCAUCAGGGGCAGCACCAAGGCCAACACCAGGGCCAACACCAGGGCCAACACCAAGGUAUGAAUGGUCCCCAGCAACGAGCCGGUCUCCUUCCAGAGAGUCUGAUCUGGACGUAUGUCGUUCAGCUGUCCUCUGCCCUCCGGACAAUCCACGCAGCGGGUCUGGCCUGCCGCGUCAUGGACCCAACCAAGAUCUUGGUGACGGGAAAGUCCAGGCUACGUGUCAAUUGUGUCGGGAUAUUUGAUGUGUUGACGUUUGACGGGGGAAAUAACCCAUUGGCCAUGAUAUCUCUCUAUCAGCAAGAGGAUUUAGUGUCCCUCGGUAAGGUUGUAUUGGUCUUAGCUUGUAACUCCGUACAGAGCAUUCAACGGCAGCACAUCCAGGCCUCCUUAGAGCUGGUGGCUCACAACUUCUCAAGUGAUCUCAAAAAUCUCAUUCUGUAUCUACUGACCACCCAGCCCAGGCCGCGGUCUGUCAAUGAGAUCAUGCCGAUGAUCGGUGCGCGGUUCUACACCCAGCUGGACGCUGCUCAAAUGAGAGGAGACGUCUUGGAGGAAGAGGUUGCCAAGGAGGUCAACAAUGGCCGGUUGUUCCGUCUGUUGUGUAAGAUGGGCACCAUGAACGAGCGACCAGAGUUCAACGGUGAUCCAACGUGGGCAGAGACCGGGGACCGUUACCUCCUGAAGCUGUACAGAGACUACCUGUUCCAUCAAGUCACGUCGGAUAGCGCACCGUGGAUCGACAUGGCUCACAUUGUACAGUCACUGAAUAAGUUGGAUUCUGGAGUACCGGAGAAGGUUACCCUGAUGUCUCGGGAUGAACAGAACAUCCUGGUGGUGUCGUACGCCGACCUCAAACGCUGCUUUGAGACUACCUUUGAAGAGAUCCAGCACAGCCAGAGUGCUCCCACUGAAGCAGCAGUGCACCAGUAGUUCCAGGGUGUCAGUUGACUCUAAGCCUAGGCUCUGCGAAAAACAAAAAUUCAAAGCCUACGAGUAUACAAGAGAGAUAGUACUCACACACACAAGAAAAAAUUAAAAUUCUUACUGUGCACGCCUCUUUGGAUUUUGGCCAAGGUUCAGACUAGUACAAAGCUUACUGUGAACUUCCAUUUGUGUAAUAUAUUGUAGUCAUGCCCCUAUGAAAUCCCUAUGAAAUCACUAUGAACGAGGCCCUAGAGCUUGGAGCCUAUGGAACACUGGUGCCAAGGGCCUAUGGAACACUGAUACCUAGGAUCUACGGAACACUGGUGCCAAGGGCCUAUGGAACACUGAUACCUAGGAUCUGCGGUACAAUGGUGCCAAGGGCCUAUGGAACACUGAUACCUAGGACCUACGGAACACUGGUGCCUAGAGCUUUCGGAAUACUGGUGCUUAAGGCCACCCAAACACUGAUGCCUCUUAAGUUGAGCACCGGUGCCUAGGGCCUGUGGAACACUGGUGACUUAGGCCUACAGAAUGCUGGUGCCCGAGGCAUACGGAACACUUGUGCUUAGGGCCUAUGAAAGAACUGGUGCCUAGGACCUCUUUAACACCGGUGCCUAGGGCCUACGGAACACUGGUGCCUGGAACCUGUGGAAACACUGGUGCUUAGAACCUAUCAAAACACUGGCGCCUAGAACCUUUGGAAACACUGGCGCCAACAGCCUACGGAACACUGUUGUCUAGGACUUUUUGAAUACUGGUGCCUAGGACCUAGGGAACACUUAACAUACAACAAGGUAUCUCGUAGGCAUGUAACCAUUUAAAUGUCGGCUCUGUGAUGCCGCCCACCAUCGUGGUGGAAAUACAUCUGUGUCGCGAGUGAUAGUUGUGGACACCAAACACAGAUGAUUAUUGUUUUUGAACCCUGAACCAAAAGGUUUGCUGUUGAAUUUUGCGGAUAUAGCUGUCAAAAAACACUGAGGAAAGCUGUUGGGAUCCAUCCACUUCGGUUGUACGGUAUUGCGUGGCAGUAACAAUGUAUAAACCUAGCCAUUCCGCGUCUCUGUUGCAUUCGCUGAAGGGAAUUUCUCACUACUCUUUGUGACAACAGAAACUUGGGUGUCAACUUUAUGUGUACAUUUUGUAGUAUGGAUAUUGCUUCCAAUGACCGACUUUGAAAACAGUCGGACUCAAAUUAACUGAAGUAUUGUUAUGUGCACCUUGUAGAGAUUGAUAACUACAUGAAUAUUUUAAGAUACACCAUUGAAAAUGAUCCUGGAACCUUAUUCCUUCAUUCUUCUUGUCUAAACAAAGUUUGUUAAAUUUACCUCAUGCCUCCAGUCUUUGGUAACUCGAAAGCAAAAUUCAUGUGGCGUACAUGUUAUUUAUGCAUUGGGGAUAGUGAAUAUGAUUUAAAGCUGCAUGAUUGGGAACAAGCUGCAAGAUUUGUUGCGACACCAUCUCUCUAAUGGUGGUUCUCAAAUGAACCCGAUUAAGCAGCAACUGAGUUGUUAAGCAUUAUUUCUCCGAACACUAAUGUUUACACUUGCCAUCUUCCGUGUUUCAGGUAGGUUAAGUUUGGGAUAAUUUUUACCUGGUGCAAGGUUAAUAUAUGAAAUCUCAAGGUAUAUUAAUAUUUUUCAAUCAAAAACAGUAAGUAACUACAAAAUCAACUGGCAUUUAUUUUACACUUUUCCGAUAAAAUCUGUCCGGUUAUUGAACAGUAAUACUAAUUACACCUCUCUCCGUAUAUCAAAGUGUUGAGAUAGUUAAUAGCUUUGCCGUCCGUACAGGGCGCCUUCUGUAGCUGAUGGAUCAGCUUUCCGAGCUUAUAAGACAUGUAAGAGGGUAAAGGCCGAGUCACACUGUAGCGAUAACAAAAACGAUAACAAUCACAACGCACAGAGAAUGCCUUUGUAUGGUUGAAUUGCUCCACGCAGAAUACGCCCACGCUCAUUCAACCAAUCGAGGGAGUGCAUUGUUAACAUUCUCGUUAACGUUCAUGUUAUCUAGGCCUGUGUGACCGUGGCCUUAAAGCCAUUGCAUGAUGUAAUCUUUACACCACAUGUACCGUUUCCUUCCAUGAGUUUUACAUUUGUAAUUAUUGUCAGUCGAUUUUAAAUAGAUAACUUCCUUUUGUUUCUCGAUAAGGCAAUGGAUUGUAAGAUAGUAACAGAAAUUUUUGCAAUUUCUAGUAUUCCCUUCUUGAUUUGAGACUCUCUUUGGCGAGUUUUCACCGGGAUAAUGAAGAGUGAACUUUGUACACAGUUUUCGAGGGAGGGGAUAUUUUGUUUGUUACAAUUUUUUGGGCCGAAAAUCACCGCCUUGAAAUGGAGUAAAAAAGAUUCAGCGUCCAUUAUCUAUGGAAAAGGUUUCAAGAAAAGACAGACAGGAAAUUCUUGUCGACAAGUGUGAGAGAUUAUGUCACGGUGCCUGGUGCUAGCCAUUUUUCGUGAAGUGCCUAUUGUAUAAGGGAAAUAAAAAGAAAGAGAAGGGACGGUUUCAAGAAACAGACGUUGGAAAAGGAUGGUUGGAGAUAAGAAAUGUAAGGUGCUCCUUGAAUUUGAAGACAGCUAAAGAGACAAUGUUAACUGGAGUCUAGGAUUUAGGCAACACAGAAUCACCAAACUUUUGUUUCUCUUGUGAAAUCAGCAUUUGUUUUUACGAUAAUCUGCAUUUGUGAAUUGACGCAAUGAGGAGUUGUUUGUACAGCAACAGAGAUCAUAUUGUGAGGAUAUUCAUUAUGUUUUGAAGACUGAACUAGUAGAACAUGAUUUUGUAGUCGCCUCUCUUGAUGGAGUGGGCAAGCGAGUACGACGCUGGUGUUUAAUGCGAUCAAGUUGCACCUGUAACUGUUUCAACUAAUAUGAGAUGCAUCUGUUGGAUAAGGAAACUGGGCUGUCGAGACAGGAAUGUACAUAGAACCACUAAGACAAAAUUGUUCAAUCAUCUUCAAGAUUUGUCUCUAAGAUGAGAUUGCUUUAUUGCCAAAAAGCAACGACUUGUAUAAAGAAGCCAGGAUUGCGAGCGAAGUGCUGGCCUGUGAAUGUCGGAAUCUCAAGUUAAAUACGCGGAGUGAAUGAAACUGUAUUGAGGUUUGGACGAAAUCAAAUCAGCUUCCUGUUUGGAUUUUAUUUGUAUGAAGGAGUUAAUGGCAGAAUUCAGGGGAGAGUCUGAGUGUUUUCACUGGAAUCCAAGCUGGGACAUAUACAUGUAUAUGUACCAGUCGCUCUUCUAUCUUGGAUGCAAAGAGAUGUCACUGCUUUCACAGUGCAUUUUGCUGUCGCAGCACCUCGUGGAAAAGAUAUGUGUCGAUAUGAAGUGUUUGCUUCUGCUGUACUUGAUCAUGCGGACCCUCGCCCGAUGUGCCAGCUCGGUCCAACUUGAGCUGAAGACCACGUCAACCGGGCCAGUAGGUGGGGAAUGGAGCUACACCGGGCCCAUCAGUCUGCGCCUCCCAAUGCCUCCAUGAUACCCUGUGAUGUUUUCAUCCAGUAAGCCAGUGGUUUAGAUCCGACAUCGCAAAGAGAACCCAAGCUAGAUUGUGAUUAAGAUAACCCCCUGAAUUCUCUGAGGUUAGGAGUACAGCGGAUGUAGAGUGUAGACAGUUGGAGUGCACAAGAGCAGCGAUGAAUGUUUCAGUUUCUCAGUGUUAAGACUGUCGUUUGGAGACACUUUGAAAUGCUUCGGUUCGGAGGACAAGACAAGACCCUGUACAAAAGUGCUCUUCCUAGGGUCAUGCCAAUGUAUAAAGGACUUCCAUGCACUAGUGACACCAUCACCUCUUAAUUGUCAUUGGAUUAAAACGCGAUUCUGCUCCGACUAAGACUGGAUACUUUCAUCUCGUAGGAUGUGAACAGAUUUGAAUGGAGCAUGCAAAAAAAGAAAGUGUGCAAGACGCUGUCCGCCUGAGAAAGGAACGUUAGAAUCUUCAUGUGUAAAUAAACGACUUUUUAAAGUGCCGUACUGUACUACUGAUGUACUGACUGCAGAUUGCUUUAACGUAAAACCAAGUGUAAACAUUAAGAACAAAUCUGAUGUUGAAAAGUGCCGCAGUACAAAGGAAAAUUCAUAGUACUGAAACUUGUACAAAAGUGAUAGUUUUGUUUUUAAAAAUGUAUUUUUAAAAGAAGCCUUUCGUAUACUAAGUAAAAAUGACUGAAUACAAUAGCACAUUCUUCCCCGAUGGUCGAAGUUGAAGGCAUGUCCUUCGCAGUUGUCUGUUUCUACCAUGGGAAACAUCCAUAGAGCUGUUAAACAGAUUGGCUAAGCUGAAAAGUGUUGCUUAGCAGAAAUGAAUUGCCAGCUAAAACGCCAGCUGUCUUACACACCAUUCAUAACUGGUUUCUCCAAGUAAAAUCUGCUUAGCAUAUGAGUCUGUCAUACAGUACCUUGUGAUUACAGUGUGUUGUCACCAAAUUAAGUGUAGAUGGGUAUCCAUGUCUAAUAGUGAGCCAUUUGUGAGUUUUAUUUGAAUGAAGUACAUUGGGUACAAGACCUUGCCUGGUUGCGAGUGAAUGCUCAGUUUGAACACCUCAGACUAAAUCUAGUGUUGCUUUCAGAUGUUUUGGGACAUGCUGUAUGGCAUAUGGGAUAUGAUCAGCUCUUGUUCGGGAAGUUCAUGGGUUGCAGAGCGUGUACCUUAUAAGAUCUUUUAGUCAAACGGCUCUAUGGAAUCCAUACUUGUUAUUUUCACUACAAGUUGAACAUGAGUUCAAUAUAGACACUUAAAGACACUGUACAUUGUGUGGGUAAAAAGCAAAAUUAAUAGACACUGUACACGUUUGGUAAAUGUCAAA